AUGGCAUUCUCCUGGGAAAGCCUCGGCGGCCCAUCGCAGCUGCUGCUCGACUUCCUAUCCAAGCAUCAAGUCGUCUCAACGCUACUCACCCUGACUGCCGUCUUGGCUGUGCUCAUCUCCUUCUUCAGCGCGUCAUCUUCGAAUCACCGGCAUGGCACCACCCUUCAACCACCCUCCGUGCCAGGCUGUUGGCUGCCCCUUGUGCGACACUGCCCUCAGUUCUUGUUCAACAGGGCUGGCUUUCUCGCCGGGCUAACAAAGAGAUACCCUGACGGCAUAUUCUCAUUGAUAUUGAUGGGCAGGACCAACCACAUCAUUCACUCGCCCGCUCUCGCUAGCACCCUGUGGAAUCGACCGCGAUCUGUCGAUGAGAAAUGGCUUGCUGCUCGUAUGCUUACGGCGAGCUUUGGUCUUCGCAGACAAGACCAGACCACCUACAGCAAACUUGCCCACGAGACACCCGAUCUGUUCAAGCACAUGCUGUCCGACCCCGGCUUGAGCAGUUUGGUCAGUGCCAUGAUUGACCAGGUCAAGGCUCACAUCUCGGAGCUGGUUACCUUUAGCUCGUCGGCCGCAGACCAGACAGACUGGGAGAGGGCUGCCGGUGCUGAUUUGGUAAACGGCAGCAAAGGCGAGACCUUUGUCGAGGCCGACCUGAUGUUGCUGGUGCGCAACUUUGUCGCCCGAACCGCCAACCCAGCUCUGUUUGGCACUGAUUUUGUCGAGAACUUCCCCGAAUUCUGGCAUCUACUCUGGAUCCUGGACGAGGGCUUGGUUCUGCUUGCCGCCAAGCUUCCGGGCUGGAUACCGUGGCCCAGGCUUCGCCGAGCCAGAGCAGCUCGGCGACAGAUGCUGAUGCGCACUCGCGAGUUUGAGGCCGCCAUGGACAAGCAUCUCAGAGGGGAAGACGGGGAAGACGCUGGCAACAGGUGGCAAGACAUGGAAAACGUCAGCACGUUUGUCAAGUCCCGCAUCCAGCUGUUCCGAAACCACGGCCUCUCUCUCGAGGCUCGAGCGUCAUGCGAUGUAGCCUUGGCCUGGGCCAUGAACGCCAACGCAAACCCGCUCAUCACGUGGUUGCUGUUUGAGCUGUACAGGGAUGCGGUGCUACUCGAAGCUAUUCGCCAAGAGGUUGCCCCGUUUGUCAAAGUGGCGCAACCCGAAAACGGCUUCGGAUCAGCGGUUUGGCUGGCUCCGGAGCUGGUACACCUGGACGUGGAGGGCCUGAUACACAAGUGCCCGCAACUCAAGGCAGCGUAUCUCGAAACCCUUCGUGUGUAUACCGGCAUAUGGGCGGUGAGGUGCUUGACGGAGGAUGUUGUGCUGGAGACAAGGAGCAAACGUGCCGAGGGGUAUUUGCUGCAAAAGGGGGACAUGGUUCACAUGGCUCACGAGCUGCACCAGUUUGACGCCAACUUUUUCCCCAACCCCAACGAGUGGCACCAUGAAAGGUUCCUGAAGCAAAGAAAGGACGACGUCGGUCGCAGUGUGCAGACGGUGGAGCUCGGCACAUUGAGGCCAUACGGCGCCGGCCCCAGCAUGUGCAAAGGUCGCGCAUUCGCGCUGCGCGAGAUGCUGCUCUACUCGUCCACGAUCAUUUCGCUCUAUGACAUGAUGCCUCCCGAGGGUGGGAGCUGGGGAGAGCCAGAGACGUACAAGCGGGCGGCUACGAGGUACCCAAAGAAUCCCAUCAAAGUGUGGAUCAGGAGGCGGGAUAUCAACAACGCAGAUGCAAAGUAG